AUUAUCAUUUUCUUUAUGUGUUAUAACUCAGUAGCACAAAAGGUCUUCAUUUUAAAGGAUAGGAUGUUUGAUACUAUAAAUAAAAAUUUACUGAAAUCUAUAAAUAGUAUCUUUACUACACUGAAAUUAAAAAAUGUAAACUACAAAUCUGCUCAUUUUAACAGACUAGUACAAAUGAAUUUAUUCUUAGUUAAUGCAUCUAACAAUUUCGGAGCAACUCUAGCCAAUAUAAAAGAUAUUGCAAUAACUAAAGAAGUUAAUGGCGCUAAUGUAUACAAAAUGGUUAAAAAUAUAUUGGAAUGUAACGUAGAAUACAAUUUUAGCAAUCAUAUCGAAGAGAUUCCCACCAAAGUGAUAAAUAAUAUAAUGAUAAUUUUAACGAAUAGUCUAACUAAAACGACUAAUAUUUUUAAUAAACUUAAUGAUAAUUUCAACAACAGUAAAAUUAUUAAUGCAAAGUCUUUAGCAAUGUUGUCAAGUUAUCUAGAAGGUAAAGGGUAUGAUGACACUUUUUAUGACGAAAGUGAUACGAAUGAAAGCAACAAAACUGAAGAAACUUUUCUAUCAGAAGCUAAUCAAUUUCAGAAAUUUUUCAAUGAUAACUUAUAUGUUUGGAAUUCCGCCACUGAUACAUCGAAUAUUGUAAAUUCUCGAAGAAUUUUUAAUGGUUCUCCUUCAGCAGCUAAUGAGUACCCCUUCAUAGCCAGCAUUCAUAUAAAAGGGAAAUUCACUUGCUGCGGUUCAGUAAUCAAUAAAAAAUUUAUUUUAUCCGCAGCUUCUUGCUUUCAGACAUUAUACGUCAUUAAUACUCCGUAUGAUGUAUCAGUUGUAAUCUCAGCAAAAACAGGAAGCGACUUUGUAAACGAUCAGGGAGUACUCAUACCAAUUGUCGCUCUCACGAUUCACCCGCAGUAUAAUCCGGCAACACUGAGGAACAAUCUAGCGUUAGUGGAGAUUGGAGACAGUACAUAUUUUAAGCGCCAUAAAAAUAUAAAAAGAAUACUGUAUAAGGGAAGGGAAAACUUGAGAAUUGGGGAAGGAGAAAGUUUCAUAAUCUUAGGAUGGGGAUCUCAUAUUGCAUCCCAGACCAACUUUAAAUUUAAGACGCUAUCUUCAGCCAUUCUACAAGUCGUAAAUCAAGCAGAAUGCAAGAAAUUAUACACAGCAAACUAUGUGACAUACAAACACUUCUGCGGUGGCCUCGCUAGCAGAGGAUCAGGAGCCUGUCAUCGAGAUAUCGGCGGCCCAGCCGUCCUUGGCAGUUAUAUUAUUGGAGUGGUCAGCUUCGGACCACCUCAGUGCGGACAAGUCAACGCCCCGACAGUAUUCACGAACAUUGGAUAUUAUACUGAGUGGAUUGACAAAAUCAUUGGGGAGGCUGAAGAUAAAUCACGAAAUUUGAAAAAUAUCCAGAGUCGGUUUAAGAUUCAUCCGAAUCCGAUUAAAAAGAGAGCAGAGCAUAUGAUAGAAGAUUAUUUUACAGAUUUGUUACCUAAAUUAAUAUCACCCACAUGAAAGAUGCUCCAUAAAAUAGAGCAUGUUAUCAUUUUUAUUCCUAAACAUCAAAAUUAUAUUGAUAACUAUAGUGUGAGUUAGAAUAAUAACCUUAACGUCGUUAUUACAACGUUGUGAAUGAUCGACACACGCAUUAUCUCCAUGAAAACAUUCCCCACUGGCAAUUUUAGCAUUUAGAUUAGACUCUCCAAAUAGACAAAUAAUCAUAUUCAAGCGAAAUGAAGACCUCAAGCUCCUUUUCAGCUUGAUCACUAUUAUUAGCAAAAAUGUAUGUAACACCCCAUUUUUAACAUCUCUUAAGAGCUGCAAAUGCUAAAUCUUCUUCUAUCGACAGCUCAAAAUGUGGAGGUAUUCCAAAUAUCAAAUUUUGACGUAAGUAAGUAUAUAUAUAUAUUCACUAUACACCAAGAAGCACGGCCUUAAUAUUUUCACAUUAAUUCAUCAUUCAAGCAUAAUUCAGAGGAAAGAUUUUACAAACGCAGCUCUCUAUUUCAGAUUUGUCCAUUUUAUACUUACUCAUGGGCGUGAAGAAACAGCAUACCUACGCGUUCUAGGUGCCAACCAUAAAAUAUGUAAAUGAGGUCACAACUUAAUAGUUUUAAUACGCCAAAAUUUAAUGUGUGUAUGUUAAAUCCAGUUGGUUGAAAUAUCAAUACGGAGACUUCUUGUAAAGAGUCACUAUUGAAAAUUAUUGUUUAUAUCAUUGAAUGAAGCGGCACCAUAUUAUACCAUCUGUGAACAUUUCAAAGGUGUUUUAGAGGUACAUAAACACUGUUAAUGACUGUGGUAUUUAGAUUACUUAAAGAAUGUUAUAGAUAGAGCACCAAUAGCUAAAGAUUAGGAUUUAUCGUAACAUCACUUGUUCAAAGAACUUCAAAGAGUCCAUAACGUGAAAUAAGGCACCCCCAAAAUAUUUCCGUCGUCAAUUUUGUAAGUAAUAUAAGCAAACAAAAGUUGUCACGUUUUGAUAUUUACCAGUGGAUGGCUCCUUUGCACAGGAUGCCGGCUAGAUUAUGAGCACCACAACGGCACCUAUUUCUGCCGUGAAGCAGUAAUGUGUAAGCAUUACUGUGUUUUGGUCUGAAGGGCGCCGUAGCUAGUGUCUUCUAUAACAUCUUAUGUCUCAAAGUGAUGAGCGCAAUUGUAGUGCCGCUCAGAAUUUUUGCCUUUUUCAAGAAUCCUGAGCAGCGCUGCAUUGUAAUGGGCAGGUCGUAUCAAUUAUCAUUAGCUCAACGUCCUGCUCAUCCCUUAUUUUCAUUAAAAUAAAUUCACCUAAGAUGUAAUAGUAAUUAUGAUUCUGUACCACUUUUCAUUGAUGACAACAUUCUGGCACGCAUCAUCUUUAAAUAAGUGUGGGCCAACGAGUUCUCUUCUCCAAAAAACUACCAAUAGUGGCUUUGAUGGAUGUAGGUAAGUAAUUAUUCUCGAUAAAGGUGUGCGUUUUUGUGGUUUGCGGUGUUUGCGGUUUUUCUUCUUUGAUGUGAAUCUUUUGCAGUGAACUGUAUUUGUGCGUGGUAUUUUGACCUGAAAUUAUUUCAGGAAUGAGGAGAUCCGUAGUAGAACCAAAGUAACUGACAUAGUCCAAACGAUUGCGAAACUGAAGUGGCAGUGGGUACAUAGUUCGACGGACAGAUGGCCGUUGGGGCAGUAAAGUCCUCGAAUGGCAAUCACCCCACAAGAUGGACCGACGAUCUGGUCAAGAUCGCCGGAAUACGUUGGAUGAGGGCAGUGCAGGACCGAUCGUCGUGGAAAUCUUUGGGGGAGGCCUUUGUCCAGCAGUGGACGUCUUCCAGCUGAUGAUGAUGAUGGUGAUUUUGACCUAAUUGAAUUUUUCUAUGUUUGCGAUUUUGUUUAGAUUACAGAAUAUGUCAACGUCAGAUACUUUCAUAGGACACAAUUUUGAGGCUGUAAGGGUAAAACAUGUUCCGAGCAGCGUCACACCGUGUGGGAUACUUUCUACCACUCCGCAGCUCCGUGCGCCACGUGUAUGGGACCAGCAGGAUUGGUGACCGGGACGUGGUGGGCCACGGGAUAAACGGCAGCGCAAACUAUAUGGACAGUGCUUUGUUUCCGUUUCCAGCGGUACGGUUUAAGGAAAACUCAAAGGAAAUAUACGCUCUUCGAGAGAAAGAAAAGGGUGAUUGGCGAAUGUUGAGCUGUGAGGAGAAGAAGGCUCUGUAUCGCGCGUCGUUCUGUCAGACAUUUGCGGAGUUCCAGCACCCGACCGGCAGCUGGAAGUUCUGCGUGGGCGUCGCACUCAUUUGUAUCUCCUUCUGUUUCUGGAUGAGCAUGUUCAAUCACUUUUUUGUAAAUGAUCCGCUGCCGCCCUCAUUCUCAAAGGAGUCACAGAUGGCUCAACUGAGGAGAAUGUUGGAGCUACGGGUGAACCCGAUCGACGGACUGUCUUCCAAGUGGGACUACGACAAUGAUCGAUGGAAGUAAUUAAUAGUUUUGGACCGGACUGGAUUAUUGAAUUAGAAAAAGGUAUUUUCUUUAUGGAUGAAAUUGAAUUUUUGUAUUAAUUAUGUAAGAAUGUAUUGAAUAUGUAUAUAAAUAAAAUUUUACGUUACAAGCAAA